GAUCCUUCAGCAAACCCAGGCUCUCAGCCCUGCCCAGCCCUGUCGUGACCUCAGGAGGGAAUGUGACGCUCCAGUGUGGCUCAAGGGAGGUGUUUGACAGGUUCAUUCUGACUAAGGAAGGAAAAGACAUCUCCUGCUGGACCCUGGACUCACAGCCACAGCCCAAUGGGCAGUCCCAGGCCCUGUUCCCUGUGGGUCCUGUGAGUCCCAUUCACAGGUGGAGGUUCAGAUGCUAUGGUUCUUACAGGAACAGCCCCCAGGUGUGGUCAUACCCCAGUGAUGCCCUGGAGCUCCUGAUUCCAGGUGAGUCUGGGAAGCCCUCCCUCCUGAGCCAGCAGGGCCCCAUCGUGUUCUCUGAACAGAGACUGACCCUCCAGUGUCGCUCUGAUGUCGGCUAUGACAGAUUCGCUCUGCACAAGGAGGGUGAACCGGACCUCUCCCAGAGCCUUGUCCUGCAGCCCCAGGAUGGGCUCUCUCAGGUCCACUUCCCCCUGGGCACUGUGAGCAGCUCUCACGGGGGCCGGUACAGAUGCUACGGUGGAUACAACCUCUCCUCUGAGUGGUCGGCGCCCAGUGACCCCCUGGACAUCCUGGUGGCAGGACACCUGCCUGACAGACCCUCCCUCUCGGUGCAGCCCGGCCCCAGGGUGGCCUCAGGAGAGAAUGUGACCCUGCUAUGUCAGUCCCAAAGCUGGAGGGACACUAUCUUUCUGUCCAAGGAAGGGGCAGCUGGUCCCCCCUUGCGUCUGGGAUCAAAGUACCGAGGUCAGAAUUACCAGGCGGAGUUCUCCGUGAGUCCUGUGACCUCAGCCCAAAGAGCGGGAUACUCAGAGAAACAGAGACAGACAGAGAGAAAGGUCCUCAGACAGAGGCCUAGUGACUCUCAGGUCAGAACAAGUGAGCCCCUGGAGCUCCUGGUCUCAGGACCCUCUGGAAGCCCCAGCCCCCCACCCACAGGGCCCACCUCCACAGCUGACUACACAGUGGAGAAUCUCAUCCGGAUGGGCGUGGCUGGCUUGAUCCUGGUGGUCAUCGGGGUGCUGCUAUUUGAGGCUCAAAACGACCCCAUAAGGACCCUCGAUGCAGCCAGCAUGUGA